CAGAAUAACUGACAGAAUCUAGAAGAAGGAGGCACAUUCACCAAAUAUGGAAGAAGAUACCCAACCUCUCUUGGUUCCUGUUGGAGGCGAUGAAAGCAAUUAUGGAAUCAUGAAUAUACAGUUUAAUCCAGAGGAUUUUAAGUGCAAAAGACCGUUUCAUGUGGAGCCUACAAAUAUAGUCAGUGUGAACGAUGACAUGCAAAGAGUCACUGACGAAGCUUCAGCAAUGAAUAAGCGGAUUCAUUAUUAUAGCAGGCUCACAUCUCCUGCAGACAGGGCAUUGAUUGCUCCUGAUCAUGUACUUCCAGCUCCCGAUGAAAUCUACGUGUACAGUCCAUUAGGAACUGCUUUUAAAGUUGACAGUUGCACAGAUGGCUAUGGUAAAAACUCCAGUAUAGUGACAAUAUUUAUGAUAUGGAAUACAAUGAUGGGUACAUCUAUAUUAAGUAUCCCCUGGGGGAUAAAACAGGCAGGCUUUACUUCUGGAAUCAUUCUCAUCUUACUGAUGGGCAUUUUGACUCUUUACUGCUGCUACAGAGUUGUGAAAUCACGGAAAAUGAUACCUUUAAUAGAUACCUCAAACUGGGAAUUCCCGGAUGUUUGCAAGUAUUACUUUGGAUCCUUUGGUCAGUGGUCAAGCCUCUUAUUUUCUAUGGUAUCGCUUGUUGGAGCCAUGGUUGUUUAUUGGGUGCUUAUGUCCAACUUUCUGUUCAACACUGGAAAGUUUAUAUACAACUUUGUUCAUGACAUUAAUGUAACAGAUAUUGUUCCUGGAACAAAUGGAAGUAACAAAGUCAUUUGUCCAGGUGCUGCUAGCAGUCACCCACCACAGAACAGGAGUGUGAUGUUCUCUUCUGGCAACAAUACAGGUUUUGAACUCUUCGAGGAGUGGUGGAACAAAUCACAAACAGUACCAUUUUACUUGAUUGCUGUUCUUCUACCCCUGCUAAACCUGAAGUCUCCAUCCUUCUUUGCAAACUUCAAUGUCCUAGGUACGGUUUCAGUUGUCUACUUAGUUUUUCUGGUUACCGUAAAGGCUGCUCAUUUGGGAAUCCACUUAGAAUACAACUGGUUUACAGAGAAUGAUUUUUUUGUACCAGAGUUUAGAAUUCUGUUCCCUCAGCUCACAGGGGUUCUGACACUUGCCUUCUUCAUCCACAAUUGUGUCAUCACACUUCUUCAAAAUAAUAGGAACCAAGAAAAAAAUGUGAGAGACCUCUCUAUUGCGUACUUCCUGGUGGGAUUAACAUACCUAUAUGUUGGAGUGAUAAUUUUUGCAUCUUUUCCUUCUCCACCACUAUCCAAAGAGUGUAUUGAACAGAAUUUUCUAGAUAACUUUCCCAGUGAUGACAUCAUGUCUUUUGUUGCAAGAAUAUUUCUGCUGUUCCAGAUGAUGACUGUAUACCCACUGUUGGGCUAUCUGGCACGAGUUCAGCUGUUAAGACAGUUUUUUGGAAAUGCUUAUCCAAGUGUUUUCCACGUGUUCAUCUUGAACAUAGCAAUUGUAGGAGCUGGAGUAGCAAUGGCAAGAUUUUAUCCAAAUAUAGGAGGUAUCAUAAGAUACUCUGGAGCAACAUGUGGUCUGGCAUUUGUGUUUGUGUAUCCGUCCCUCAUCUACGUGAUCUCCCUGCAUCGUGCUGGGCAGCUGACGUGGCCAGCAUUGAUCAUUCACAUCCUUAUAAUCCUCCUUGGACUGGCUAAUCUGAUUGCACAAUUCCUAUUGUGAAAACUCCCCCUUCUCCCUGUGGCUGUCACAAGUGGUACUGUGACAUUUGGCAACAGCCUUGAGCAACACUGUCAUGCAUGAGAACGAACAGUCUUCAGUAUGAUCUUUUUGAGAAAAGCUGCACCUUUGAAACAAAUUCAAAACACAUCUUUC